CCAUGGCAACCAGAGGACUGCUUUCCAGCUCAUGCCAAAAAGUGCGCGAGCAGAGCGGCGAGCGACUGCUGGAGGGGUUUUGUUUGCAGCACCGAGAGUUUGAGGAGGGGGGCUGGCCGUGUCAUGACUGGUUUUCACAGGUGGUAAAAUGUGCAGAGGUGCCAGACCUCCUCCCUGUCCUGCUGCUGCUAUUUAUACACCAUCUGCACGUGCUCAAAUUCAAGGUUGAUGGAGAAAUUGCAUGGACCGGUAUGGUCUGAAUACAGGAUGUUACAUCACAGCCGGCAGAGAGGUUGCCCUCUUCUGGACCUGGAUGGGUACUAUAUGUGUGUGUGGAUGUGCAUGUGUGUGAGCAGAGGGCCUGCAGGCUCAGCUCCUCUCCACCCAUGAAGGGCAAAUACCCUCACACACACAUGCACCGACACACAGUUGGUGGCUCCGCAGCUCGGACAGGGAAGCCUCCUGCUGUAGAGGAAAGUCGGGGAGACUCAGCUCUGUGAUUUCAGCAGGAUGAACAGCAGGGAAGUCUGGAGAAGAUGACACAGAAUCUCCCUCUUUCUGCACUGGAUGGAAUCCAACACAUAUCCAACAUCAUUCCAGACUUCAUCUGAGGAGAUUUAGUCUUCGAGGUUUUCCAGAUCUUUCCAGUUUAAGGUCACCUGCACAGUUGUGUUGCUGUUCUGAGGCAUCAUGGGAAACAUCCUCCAGUGCUGCCACACGCUGUCAGACUACUUCAGGUGUAAGGAUGCACCGGCCCAGGGGGAGGCGGAAAGAUCCCCUCUGCUGUCCAGCGACAAGAGCGAGUGCGAAUCUCCGAGUCUGCCGGACGACUUGGAGGACGACCUGUUAACCGUCUCCACCGGCAUCACCAACCCGGCCCUCGAGCCGGAGCACUUCCUGUUUCCUGACAUCAUCCUGAGCAGCAACCCGGGAGGCGAAGUGACUCUGGUGGAGCCGAUGGUGUGUCUGCUGGUGUCCGAGGAGGACGAGGGAGCGGGUGAGGGGGUGAGGGUGGAUGAGGACGGUCAGGAGAGGAGUGGGAGAGACAGGGGGUACUCUGAGGUGGAGACCCAGACUGAAGCUGAGACACAGAUCGGUACCGGGGUGCAGACGCAGACCGAGUCGCAGGCAGAAGUUCAGACGCAAACAGAAAUACUGGAGUGCAGUAAUGAGACCGUGGAGAGAGAAGUAAACACACUAAGUGGCACUACAGAGGAGAUAGAUUACUGGGAAGAGCAUGAAAUACUCAAAGAGGUGGAUGUGUUUUUGGAGGCGCAACUGUCACACGAGAGUAACGCAGAAGUCGACACUAAAGAAGAGAAAAAAACUGAUUCUGGAACCGGCUCUGAUGUGGAUGUUUUGACAGAAAACACUUCAACAAAGCAAGUAUUUCAAACAGAACUGAAUACUGAGCUGAUAAAGGAGAUAAACACUGAUGAGAAGAAUGUCUUAAAGCUUCAACAGAGUGAUGUUACCGCUCUGGAAAAUACAGACUUCACCUGGACAGAGCAGCACAAUUUGUUGACACACGACACUGAAAAGGAUAAGAAACAAAAUGAAUCAGAGAGCUCCUCAGAGACUGAACACAAGGCCAGUAACAUGCACGCUCCUGCGCAAAAGAAAACAAAACACAGCGAUAACAACACGGAAAUUGUGCACAACUUUGAUCUCUCUGAGUGCAGGAAUCAAGAUGAUGGACAGAUGGGAGCAGUGACAGUGGAGUCACAUCAGACUGUAAAUGAAAAGGACGUUGAUAAUAUCCACACAGAAGCAAACACGUCUGAGGACAACAAAGAUCCCAGCUUGGUUAAUGAAGGUUGCAUUUACAAAAAGUCACAGCUGCCAAAGAAGGACGAUGACAAGAAAACAGGUCUGCAGCACAUUCUGGAGGCAGCUGUUCCACAGGUGGAGGAUGAAGAAGGAGCUCAGAUGAAGCAAAUGACCUUGUUUUUAGUCGACAGAUUGUUUCUGGCAGCACCGCAUGUCAAAGCAGUGCCUCCAAGUCAAACUGAAGAAAGCCCUGAGGAUGAUCCCUCACAGCGGCCUGAUGAUGACAACAAAAGCCAACAACUCCGAGACAUAGUUGAGCUCCAAGAGACGGGUUUCACUGUCAGAAUUCAGCCUCCUGCAACAGAAAGUUUUGAGCUUCAGGUGUCCGGCCAGAUGUUGGUGGCGGAGCUGCACCAGGUGUUGAUGGAUCAUGAGGUCACCUGCCAUCGCACAUGUUUCUCCCUCCAGCUGGGAGGCAUGGCGCUGGACGGCCUCACUGAGCUGCGCUCCAUCCAGGGCAUCCAGGACGGAGCGCUGAUCAAGGUGGUGGAGGAUUCUUACACGGUGCGUGAUGCCCGUCUUCAUCUCACACAUGUCCGUGAUCUUCUGAGGAGCCUCGACCCUGCAGACGCUUACAACGGACUGAACUGCAGCUCACUGUCUUACCUCACUUUUUACACCAGAGACAAAGACAGUGAAAGUGUGGGGAAGAGGAGAACUUCUGAAAAGGAGUCUGUUGACUGCAGCCCUCCAGAUUACAUCCUCCCUGGAUGUAAAGACCGACUGCUGACUCCACUGCAGCCAGUCAGAGAUGACUGGAAGCCUUUACAGUGUCUGCGGGUCCUGACCAUGAGCAGCUGGAAUCCUCCUCCGGGAAACAGGAAGAUGCACGGAGACUUAAUGUACCUCAAUGUCCUGACUAUGGAAGACCGAGAGCUCAACAUCACAUCCUCUACACGGGGUUUCUACCUCAACCAAUCAACUGCCUUCAACUUCAACCCCAAACCUGCAGCUCCCAAAAUCCUUUGUCACUCUCUGGUCGAGCUGCUGAGUCAAGUCAGCCCUGCUUUCAGGAAAAACUUCACUGCCCUCCAGAAGAAGAGAGUUCAGCAGCACCCUUAUGAGCGGAUCGCAGCAGCUUUCCAGGUCUUCACCUGGGUCGCCCCUCAUGGAGACCACAGCUUCGACUGUGUCAGAGCAGAGGAGACUCACACCAGUCGGAUGGGCCAAGACGAACACACAGCUGGGCAGAGUCGGGACUGGAAUGAGGAGCUGCAGGGAUGCAGGGAACUCCCCAGGAGCUGCCUUCAGGAGCGACUACACAGAGAAAGGAGCAUAUUCAAGACCAACAGCGACUUUGUUGCUGCUGCAACUCGAGGUGCUGUGGCCGUUAUUGACGGUAACGUCAUGCCGUUAAACCCGGGGGAGUCGCCUCAUAUGCAGAUGUUUGUGUGGAACAACCUCUUCUUCAGCCUGGGGUUUGAUAUUUCUGAGCACUACCGACCACUAGGGGGCAACACUGCUGCUCACGCUGCUGCCAUCUGUGACCUGAGAGGAGCACAGGCGUAUGCAUCUGUGGACGUAGAAGGCCUUCACACACUAGGGACAGCGGUGGUGGAUUAUCGUGGUAUCCGUGUUAUUGCUCAGACUAUUGUUCCUGGGAUUCUGGAGAAAAACCACGAGCAGAAUGUAGUCUAUGGCUCUAAUGACAAUGGGAAAACUGUUUUUUCACACCCAAGGUUUCUGGAGCUUCUGGAUAAAACCAGCAAACCACUGAGGGUCCAGCGUCACCAGGUGCUGGACCACAACAACACCCCAGUGGAGCUCUGCUCUGGCAUGGAGACCAUCGGCAUUCUGGGCAAUGAUGGACGAGCUUACAUCUUGGACCUCCUGCGCACAUUCCCAACAGAUCUUAACUUCCAGUUCUCAGAGAAAGAGGAGACGAGGGAGGACGUGCCGAUGGAGUGUCAGAGCUUUGGUUUUCCACGGCUACAUCAUCACAGCUUGGCCAGUCUGAGACCAGAGCUGGUAGAGGCCUUCGUCCAGCACAGGUAUGAGAUUUUUGUGAAGAUGGUGUCCCAGGAGCUCAGUCAACCAGAAGAACAGGAUAAAACCACAGAGCAGAUUGAAGAGCCAGUUUGUGAGCUGACAACCGGAGACGCAGCUGCAGCUGCUGUCGACAUGGAAUCUCAUAGAAGAAAUGUGAUCCUGAAAGCCUGUAAAGCUGUUGGAUCAAUGAGCGACUCCUGCUUCGACAUCCGCUUCAAUCGAAAUAUUUGCUCUCCAGGUGUGCGUUUCACCUCUGAGUAUGUUGAGGAGGUUCAGAGGCAGAGACGAUUAUUAUGGGAUGCAGCUGCUUUUCUGCUGUCUGAUCAGAUUCCAGCUGUGCUGAGGGACUGUCUGGACCACACAGCAGUACCGAUGGAUGGAGCCACUCUGACCUCAGUGCUGCACCAGCGAGGUGUGAAUGUACGAUAUCUGGGCACAUUACUGAGGGAGCUGGACAAGCUGGAGGAGAGAGAGAGACUCAGACACAUACAGAGAAUCUCUGUCAGUGAAGUCAUCAUCAGAAGUGCCAAACACAUCUUCAGGACCUUUCUACAGAAUGUAGAACCUGCAGCUUUCUCUGCAGCUGUCAGUCACUUCCUGAACUGCCUCCUGAGUUCAUCCUCCAGUUUUCCAGACUCCUGCUCAGACGAGCUGCUCUCUCGCCGCAGGAGCCGCCGCCGUCGGAGUCACGGGAGUCGAGUCACGUCGCUGACAGACAGCGUUUGGGCUCGACUCACCUCCGCUGAGCUGUGGGGCAAAAUCAGGGCUGAGGCUCGAGAUUAUUACCACUACACAGUUGACAGUGAAAGUAUAGAUGAAGCAAUAGAAAAGCACAACCUGCAGAGGAUCUCCCUGUUGAGAGAGAUGGCCAUCAAGACGGGCAUCCAGGUGCAGUUGAGGGAGUUUGCGUUCGAGUCCCGACACAGGCCAGUGUUUGGUGAGGAAGAUGUCAUCAACAUGUUCCCUGUGGUCAAACAUCUCAAACUUACAUCAACAGAUGCCACACGGCUCGUACAGCAAGCACAGCUGGCAGUACAGCAGGGGCUUCUCAAAGACGGCUAUGAAUUGAUUAGCCAGGCCCUGACUCUGUUCAGCAGCGUAUGUGGAGUCCUGCACGAGGACGUGUGCAUGUGCCUGCGUCUCCUAGGACGUCUCAGCUACAUCCUGGGGGAAAAUGCAGAUGCCCUCAGCCACCAGGAAAAGGCAGUUAUGAGCAGUGAGAGGAUACAAGGUGUCGACCAUCCACAGACCAUACAAGACUACACUUAUCUGGCUCUGUACUGCUUUGCUGGAGGCCAACACUCGACCUCCCUGCAGCUUCUGUACCGUGCUCGGUACCUCAGCCUGCUGGUCAGCGGAGACGACCAUCCACAAGUCGCAUUGCUGGAUAGCAUGCUGGGUCUGGUUCUACAUGGACUGAUGGAGUAUGAGCUUUCCCUGAAGUUCCUACAGAAUGCCUUAAUUUUAACCUCAAAAUACCACAGUGCCACAUCCCUGAAGCAUGCACACAGUCAUCAUCUGCUCGCCACUGUGUACGAGAGCAAAGGAGAGUUUCGUUCAGCUCUGCAACACGAGAAAGAGGCUUAUUCAAUCUAUAAGAGCCAGGUUGGCGAGAACCACGACAAUACGAAGGAAAGCUCGGAGUACCUGAAGAGCCUCACUCAGCAGGCUGUGAUCCUUCAGAAAGCCAUCAACCAUAUCUACAGUAACACACCCAGUGCCUGUAUCCCGCCUCCAAAGUUUUCCACGCCAAGCCUUCCCGCAAUCUUACAGCAACUCAACCUGACAUGUGGAAUUAUUCUCAUCCCCCUCAGCGCAAAAGAAAUUGCAGACCUGAGGACUGCGUUGAAAGAAAAGGGAAAAGCUCAAGUGGAAGAGCUGGAAAACCAAUUAUUAAAGCAAAAAGGCUUGACAGCUGCUCACAAUAGACAACAGUACUGAAGUGUGGAUUAAAAAGACAGCUGGACACCCCAGCAUUCUGUAAAAAUGACCAUGGACAAUGUGCAACAAUGGCAAAUGAAAGCCUGGAAAAUCAUUGGAUGUGUAGGUUAACAGGUGCAGCCGUCCUCUUUUAAGAAGUUUGUUCUGCUGCUGGACACUGAAGAGAGCCUCAUCUACACCGUGAUAUAGCUUUUGCUGCAAUAUACAUGAUGUAUGAAUAAACUCUGAAGGCAUGAACUAUGAUGGCGAAUGUAAAUGCAUAAACGCUAAAUUAAAUCAAUGAUUGUACUACUACAUGAAAGGACCAAGCACAGUAUGUUUCAGACUGCUUAUGUGUACCGAGAAAAAUAUAGCAUCAAUGUGCUAAAUUUCUAGGAUUCUUAAAUAAUGUACUGUCAUCUUGCAAUUCCAUGUAUGUCCACAAGGUCUCACACUUGUGCCAUGAACAUUUCUCAGCGCAGGCUAGAUGAUUUAUCUCUGCCUGGAUAUUAAAAUAAGUUCUGUUUUUAAUGUGUACUCAUAGCCAUUUGUAAUUGAAUGUCAUUAAUGGUGAGGUGGCGGUACAGAAAUGGUAUGCAUAUAAUGUUUUCAUUCUCAAAGAGCAAGUCAGAUUAGUCGAGUCUAAGUGAAAAUGAAAACAUUGGAUUUUGAAUUUGUGUUAAGUGACAUUAUGUAGAGUUGAUCCACAAGCAGCAGAAUUUCAUGAGCUAUUACCUCAAAUAACCAUUGAUUCCAUGUAUAGCUUAAAGCUGUGAAUAGGAAAAUGCCCCGAUAUAUUCAGUGUGAAAAUAUUAUAGGCUUUGUUAUAGUCAGUUUUUUUGUUUUUGUAGUCGUCAUCUAUGGAGCAGCUGCUUGAAUUGUCCUCUUCUUUUCCAGCUGCUCACUUGUAUAUAAUUCACAAUGUUAAAAUAUAAAACUUGGCUGCACAGAAUAAUAAAAAUAACGUCAGGAACUUCUA